CAUCGAGAUCAGUUUUAUUUGUGACGCUAUUCAUAAUAGUCGUGAUUUUGUGAUAUAAAAAUAUGGGCAGUUGGCAAAGUUCCUUAUGGGGUGGUAACCCAGACGAAGUAAACCCCACGUCAGGACUCACCAAACGAGAAAUCCGAGCAGUCCAGAAGUCUUGGGCUCCAGUAUACGCCAACCAAUUGGCUACGGGCACUGAAUUAUUAAAAAGAUUAUUUCGCGCGCACCCACAAACCCUAGACUUCUUCAAAAUGGUAAAGAAACUACCCGAAGAUGAAUAUAACACAAAUAUACAAUUUAAGGCUCAUGUUAUCAACCUAAUGUCUGCAUUAAACCAGGCGGUUGUCAAUCUCCAUCAGCCAGAAGUCGUGGCCGUUAUGAUGAACAAACUUGGCGAAUCUCAUGGACGACGUAAAAUUCAAGAAUCACAUUUCCAUGAUUUAAAAGGUGUAAUAGUAAACAUGUUCAUCGAAGUGUUACAUCUUGACGACGCCACUCUCGGGGCUUGGGGGAAAACUGUGGAGUUUUGGUACAAACAUAUCUUUCAGACUUUAACGCCUAACCAGAGUACAUAGUAUAAUCGUUAAUUAUUUUCUAAGUUAAAUACCAAAAAUUGCAACUAAAGAUAUUAUCGGUCAAACUUGGAUAAAGUAAAAUGCAACUAUAAUUCAUUCUUUGUAAUUUUCAAUUUAAUUUUAUGAUUUUAUAUAAAUUAUACGCCAUUGUUAUGGGAGAUUUAUAGAGUUGUAAAACAUUUUAUUCAUUUAAAAGCAAUGAAUGUACUAGUAAGUCGCUAACAGGAAGAACAAUACGAAGAAUUAUAUUAAUUAUUCAUUUAAAAUAUAUUAUAUUAAUCGUACAUAGUAGAAUAUAAGCUUUAAGUGAGUAUACGGGAUUUCAAACAAACAGAUAUCUUUCUUUCAAUUAUUUGCCAUCACAGAAUAAGUAGAGGUAAAAUUUACGAUAAAUAAAUACGUAUGAAAUUG